AGUUGGCUACAUAUGUUACACGCAUUAGAAACACGUUACAAUAAUACGGCAGGGACAGCAAGAUAUUAAAAAAAGAAGGCAAAGUUGAAACACAACGAUAUCCAGCUAUGCUAAAGCUGUGGUGGCUAACCAGUGACCCACCGCUCUAACGUGUCAGACAGUGUUGCCAGAUUGGGGCCAAUUUUCAGACCAAUCUGGCAACCCUGGCUGCAGCGCGCUGUAGCAAGUGUUGCAAGAUUGGGCACGAAAUCUGGCAACAACGCUGGCAGGACUGACAUGACACGCUGAGCCGUGUCCAGAUAGCGCACAACUACGUCUUACAAAUAGGUCUCACGCUUUUUGCAGGUAAUGGGGGAUAUGAAGACCCCCGAUUUUGACGACCUGCUGGCAGCGUUUGACAUUCCCGACGUUGAUGCCAAGGAAGCCAUUCAGUCGAGUCCAGAAGAGAGCGAGGAGCAGGAGGGGAACUCGGGGAAAAGCAGAACAGACGACGGUAGUCCGUCUAGCUUUCCGUGUUCGCCAGCUUCCCAAAGCAACCCCCCAGUAGUCAGUGUAAUAGUGAAGAAUAGAGUCAGGCCUGAAUCCUCUGGAGAACUUGAUAACACCUUCACAAACGAUGCCAAACCUUCGAUUGAUAGCACAGACAGUUUUUUUAUUUGUGGAUUAGACUCUAAACACGAGGGUGAUACUCUUCCUGCUUCUCAGCUGAGCCAGAAAACACUCAGUGACCCUAGAAGUGGACCUCAGAAGUCCAAUGGCUUUGAAGAAUCAGGCAUCAAGUCUAAGGAACAGGCUAACGGAGACCACUGGUCAAGUGAUUCUGCAUUGCCCUCUAGUGAAGAGAAUAAGAGGGGACUAGCUCAAAUAGAAUCUCUUAGACAUACAACCGACCUCAUGAGCAAGCUGAACCCACUCCUCUACCCGCAGUCGUCAAUCAUCUCUGAUUGCUCUGCCGUCCAACCUCCAGCUUCAUCAGCUUCCACACACUUUCUUCCUUCAAACCAAAACCCACCGCCUCUUUUCAAACACAAACUACAACAGAAGCCGGGCUAUCAUCACAGUACACAAGCCUCCGGUCCUACCCAGGCCGAGAGUACAGGAGACAGGUUAAGGCACAUCAUUCAGUCCGAUGAAGAGGAUUCAGAGCCUGAUUUAGGAAGCCCACUAAUGAUUCAUGAAAGCCCAGAGCUGCUGAUUACCUCUCCUCCAAAAUAUCCCCGGCGAUCCGUAUCCAUGAAGCAGCGUUGCUCUCCUGAAAAAGAGUCUGGUAAACAUCCAGGUGCUCCUCGUCUCUCCUCUUUGUUGACGUCUUUAAAUACUGAACUUCAUCCCAAGAAGCUGCCGUCCACGUCUCCUACUCCGCCCUUAGUCUCCCAGCAACCACAAGCACACAUCUCCACUAACCAGAAGGGCUCCACCUUACAAGAGGAGGAAUACCCUGAGCAUGUGAUAGAUGACAGAGACUCUCCCGAGAGCCCACCGCCCGAUCAAACGGGCUAUGUGAUCCCCAAGAGCAGCCCAAGCCCAGUUCAACCUGCCGCCUUCAGCCAAGGGACCUGUCUGGACAAAGUGGAGCACAUGGACAGUGAUUUAAGUCAGGACAGCCGAACAGGAGGCGUCAAUAAAGCUGAUGUGGAUAAAAUGGAGGUUGAAUAUGAAGGGAAAAUGGAUAAGGAGAGUCUGACAGCAGACUCAUCCACUGCAGCUCUUGUGUCGACCACUACCGCAGUCACAGGCAGAAUGUCAUCUCCUUCCCGCCCGCUUAAAGUCAAAAUCAAGAUGGUGAAAACACCUACGGGCGCCAUCACGAGGACUGUGACCCGACCAGCGGGGAAAGGCAGAGCCUCUUCUAAGGCGGCAGCGGUCUCCACCCCACCACCACCGCCACUCCCACCACCGGCCCCUCUCACCAGCAAGCCCAAGACCGACGCAGCCCAACAGUUUCUGAAAAAAACAGCAAAGGGUGGCGAACUCCCUGCCGCAGCGUCGGCGCUCCAGGACGCCAGUACGGCCAUGUUGGUGGCCGCCAGCAAGGUGAAGAGCAGCAAAGGUUCUGCAGACACCAAAGCAAAGGUCUCCGCGGCGGCCGUCAGCAUCACUAAGUCGGCAGCGCUGCCCACCAUCUCCUCCUCCCCAAGGUUCAGGUCAGCGGGCGCCGACCUGCGCAGCCUCGGCCAUAAGACGCUGACCAGUGGGCUGGCGGUGUCCUCGCCCGCCGCGCUCCAGCCCCCCCAGGGGAGCAGCAGGCCCGCCUCCAUCGUGAACAACACGGGGGCCAUCAUCUCCAAGAGCCAGUCCAACCUGGUGGAGGCUUUCAACAAGAUCCUCAACAGCAAGAACCUGCUGCCCAGCUACAAGCCAGACCUCAGCUCUCCCCCUCCCGCCGAGUGGGGCCUGCCCCUGCCUGCACAGGGCUACCGCUGCCUGGAGUGUGGCGAUGCCUUCGCCCUGGAGCGCAGCCUGUCCCGGCACUACGACCGCCGCUCGCUGCGUAUCGAGGUGACCUGCAACCACUGCGCCAAGCGGCUGGCUUUCUUCAACAAGUGCAGCCUGCUGCUGCACGCCCGCGAGCACAAGGAGCGCGGGCUGGUCAUGCAGUGCUCCCACCUGAUCAUGAAGCCCGUCACCGUGGAGCAGAUGAUCGGACAGCAGGAGCCUGCAGCCGUUGUGACUUCCUCCGCCGGACCAUCGUCUUCCUCCACCCCCAGUGUGAGCACCUCGGCCCCCGCUGUACAGCCACAGCAGGCCCCCCCCGGCAGGAAGGUGGUGGCCGAAGCGGUGCAGUACACCGGCAACAAGUGCCCCGAGUGUCUGCUUCAGUUCAGCAGCAAAGAAGAGGUGGCCGCUCACUUCCAGGAGCUCAACCCAGCGUACAGCAGCCCGUGCAAGGAGUGCUCUCCCCCCAUCCUGCUCUCCAACGGCUGCAGCGCCAGCGCUCACCAGCGCAUCCACAAGGCCCUCCCCCCCCACGUCUGCCCCGAGUGCGGCGGCACGGCGGCCAGCCAGGCGGCCUUCCAGACCCACCUGGAGGAGGCCUGCCUGCACUUCACCCGACGCAUCGGAUACCGGUGUUCCAGCUGCCAGGUGGUGUUCGGAGGUCUGAUCUCGGUCAAGUCUCACAUCCAGAUGGCUCACUGUGACAUGUUCCAUAAGUGCCCCAGCUGCCCGAUGGCCUUCAAGUCUUCCCCCAGCAUCCAGAACCACAUCACGGCCCAGCACCCCACCCUCACCGGGGGCCAGCCCAAGUACCUACGCACGCACGCACGCACGCACGCACAUGCUUGGCUAGCCUUUGUGACUCCUGUCAACGGUGUUCUGAACUGGGAGAUCUUCUUUUCUCUCCUCCGCAGGUUGAUCUAUAAGUGUGUGAUGUGUGACACAGUGUUUACCCAGAAGUCCCUGCUCUACGUGCACUUUGACACCCACCUGGCCAACCAGACGGUGCACGUGUUUAAGUGCCCCGAGUGCCCCAAGCUGUACUCCCAGAGGACCUCGCUGGUGGACCACAUCGCGGCUUCCCAUAAGACGGUCCCAGCCAAGGCAGAGCCUCCCCCGGCCCUGGCCCCCGCCUCCCAGCCCCGGGCCUCUUUGAAGACGGAGAGCUCGGACGGGGAGGACUGGAGGGACGGGGAGGACGAGGAUGAGGCUGUGAGCGGCGAGCGGCCCCGGGGCCCCGCGGCGUGGAGCUGCCUGCCCUGCCAGACGCACUACGCAGACCGGGAGCUCUACCUCGCCCACAUGGCCAAGCAGCACGGCAAGAAGUUUCCCUGUACCAAGUGUGAGGGUACCUUCACCACCACCUCUAGCCUGCGGCGCCACAUCAGGGUCAAGCACAAGGGCAUGAACCGCGGCUUCCACUGCAAGCUCUGUACCAAAGGUCAGAAGACCUUCAACAGCAGGGUGAUGCUGGAGAGACACAUUCAGCUGAGACACGGCUCCGCUGCAGUCAGCCAGGACUCCUCACUGGGAGCCAGCGGAUUGGACGACAGCUCCUCGGAGCAGGACGGUGGCUCCGGGGGUGUCCCGGGCCGGAGGAUCCUCCGGAGGGCCGAGCCAGAAGAGGCGUCUGCGGGCGGAACGAGCCCGGCAAAGAGGACCCGGCUCUCCGCGGCAGCUGCGCCCACCCCCCCCGCCCUCCCCGAGUCCGGCUUCCGCUGCGCCCCCUGCGGGUUCACCACGGAGGACCAGGGGGUCUUCCUCGAGCACAUCCCCCAGCACCGCACCGAGGGGCCCGCCGGCGGGGGCCAGCAGUGCCUGCACUGCGGAGCCUGCUUCACGUCGGCGUCCUCCCUGUCGCGCCACCGCUUUAUCACCCACAAGGUCCGGGACGCCCCGGCGGACCUCCACCAGGGGCCCGGGGACCGGCUGGCCCCGGCAGCCUCCCCCGGGCCCAGCGGGAGCCACGAGGACCUCAUGCUGCCGCCGUCGCCCGCCUCCCAGGGGGCCGCGGCGCCGGGGAGGGACGGGGAGGGCAGGCUGCCCUGCAGGGUGUGUGGGAAGAGCUUCGACAGAGCAAGCGACCUGAACACGCACUUCAGAACGCACGGGAUGGCCUUCAUCAACGCCAAGAACGCCGCGGAGAAAAGUUAAACGAGUCAUGGCAGAAGAGUGAGGCUGCAGGUUUAGAAGUGCGUUGGAUGAAGCGAGGGAAUGCAAAGUGCCUUUCAUAUGUCCUGGUCCUCGUGUCGGGGGUACGCCCUGUGUACUCAAUGCUACUGCGAUUUUAUUCGAGAAACAAAAGUGAUCAUGAUUGUAAUUUCCACUCAGGAUCUCCCAGCGAGCCACUCUGAAGUUUGAUGAAUAGAUUUUGUACUCCAGAUUGUUCUUUAUUUCUGUCUUCACAGGCGACCACAAUGUGAUGACAGCAGUGUAAUGUGACAUCAAUCUUAGUUUCUCUACUCAUGAGGAUUUUCUAAAAGUACUUUUUGUUUUUAAUUUCCGGGUUGUACAUUAUAGGCAAUUGCUACCAAUUUAUUUAAAGACAGUAAGUAAACAAUAUUUAACAGAAUGACAGUUUCUUUGGCAUGUAAGGGGAUGGAGGUGUGCGUGUUUGUUUAAUGUGUCUGUUUUAAUCGUGUGAAUGUCUGCUGUGCUUUUUAAGUGUAGUUUAGGGAUUUGUAUUGUCCUAUGAGAAACUUUAAACAAACUCGAUGUAUAUUUUGUGAUUCUUUGUAUUCCUCCAACAUGCCUUAAACUAGAUGACCAUGCAUAACCUUGUAUUUAAGCAGAUUUUCAUAGAUAAAUAAUUUGGAUGUACAAUACACACUGGGGAAUGUACUUUAUUAUGUUAUAUAGACAGAAUUUUCUCUCUGUCACUUCUAUUUAACUGCCUUGACAAAAAAAUUGAUUAAAUGUUUUAUUUGAACAUGA